AAGUGAACAGCUCAACGUGAAAGUCACUGUCACUGAAGAACAUGUUUUAAAUUCUUAAAAGAAAAAAACGUGUGUUUCGUUUACUUAUACUGGUGCAGAUGUUUUUUUGUGUCUGUUAUAGUAACAGCCCCGUUUUUAAACAAUGUUUCAGACUAUAACUAAAUCAUUGUGUGUUACGACAGUGGCAGCCUCUCGGUGUUUUUGUAGAUAUCCGGGACAAUAUAAUAUCCGACAUUACUGUAAGAAAACACCCAGCAGACUGUGGGUGUCUGAAGCACUUUCAUCAUCUGAGCUGAGAGAAAAUAUCAUCAUACAGGGAUGGGUUCGGUCUGUCAGAGCUCAGAAGGCAAAUCUCUUCCUCCAUGUCACUGAUGGCAGUUGUCUGCAGCCACUGCAGAUUGUUGCUUCUUCAGAGUUGAAUGAUCCGUCACUUACAUUUGGGAGCGCUGUUGAAGUCACUGGUGUUCUUAAGAGGAGUCCACACCCCAGACAGCCAGUGGAGCUGGAAGCCCACCACAUCAAUGUAGUGGGCAAAUGCAAUCCUGUGGAGUUUCCAUUUAAAAUCAAAGACAGACACAGUCUGGAGUACAUUCGCCAGUAUCCUCAUCUCAGGUGUAGAACAAAUGCCUUCGGUUCUCUGUUAAGGAUACGAAGUGAAGCUGCCACAGCUAUUCAUUCGUACUUCAAGAAAAAUGGCUUUGUAAAUAUUCACACUCCAAUCAUCACAUCCAAUGACUGUGAAGGUGCAGGGGAGCUCUUUCAGGUGGAGCCAUCAGGACAGAAGCCAAAGGAAGAUGAAAACUUUUUUUCUGUUCCUGCUUUUCUGACAGUUUCUGGUCAGCUUCAUUUGGAAGUGAUGUCAGGAGCUUUUUCCAGAGUCUAUACAUUUGGUCCAACAUUUCGUGCAGAGAACUCCCAAAGCCGUCGCCAUCUGGCUGAGUUUUACAUGGUUGAGGCCGAAGUCUCCUUCACACAGUCCUUAGAGGAUCUCACCGAGGUCAUGGAAGACAUGUUCAAAUCUGCCACAGAGCAUGUCUUGGCUGAGUGUUCAGAGGAUGUGGACUUGUUUCACAAAUACGUGACUCCUGGACACAGGGGAACUUUAGAUGCUAUGAUGACUACGAGUUUCCCUAUUAUCACCUACAGCGAGGCUAUAGAAAUUCUGAGCCGCAGCUCUCAGAAAUUUGUCUUCCCAACAGACUGGGGCUGUGACCUUCAGACAGAACAUGAGAAGUACCUGGUGAAUCAUUGUGGCAACAUUCCAGUCUUUGUCACUGAUUAUCCAUAUGAUCUCAAGCCCUUUUACGCAAGAGACAACCAGGACCGUCCUCACCACACGGCAGCUGCAGUAGAUCUUCUUGUUCCUGGAGUGGGAGAGCUCUGCGGGGGUUCACUGAGAGAAGAGAGGCUGGAUCUGCUGAAGAACCGACUAGAACAGGUUGGAUUGGAAGAUGCCUACAGCUGGUACCUGGAUUUGAGACAGUUUGGCUCUGUCCCUCACGGUGGCUUCGGAAUGGGAUUUGAGCGAUUUUUACAGUGUAUACUUGGAGUAGACAACAUUAAAGAUGUGAUUCCUUUUCCAAGAUUUUCCAAUUCAUGUUCUCUCUAAAAUAAAUCUUUAAGAAAUGUUUGUCUGUUUUUCUAAAUACAAAAUUUAACUUUG